AUGGAUAAGACUGAAGUUGCUACGGUACUGAAAAGCGAAGGUAUGACAGGGCUGGGGUGAAGGUAAAUUAAUGAUAGGGCAAGAUUAGGCAAAUCUAUGUUAAGGGGAGAACAAUUUUAGGUUAGAGUUAAGAGUACACUAGCUAGUGUAGAAAUGUUAUGAAGCUCAUUUUAUAUUAUUAUAUUUAGGUAUUUAUCUUUAAGUUUUUUUGGUUUUAAAAAUGUAUUUUGUAUUACAGUAUACGACAAUGGAAACUGUCCAACUGGUUUUACCUAUAAUGCAAGUAUGAACUUCUGUUAUGCAAACAUGGUACGUUAUCUUGCUAUAAUAAACACCAAAUACUAACCUGUUGAUGUGAAGUAACAAUAAACUUUAGCUAACAUUUGAUAGUUUUGAACAUUUUAGUCAGAAUCAGAUUGUAAUAAGUACAAUGGUUCCUGGAGGUACCCAUAUAUGGAGUACGGACAAUAUCAAUGUGCUUUAUAUGGAAGCUCGGAAAGUAGUCUAUUAGUUUUUUGUUAGUCAAUAGGUUAAGGAAAGAGCUAAAACUAUGACCAUUGCGAGGGCUAGAGCUAAGGCUAGGACUAAGACUAGGACUAAUUAAGAGCUAGCUUAGCUUAGGCUUGACAUUAGGCUUAGACUAUUCAAAUAAAAAGUUGCUAGUACUGUGUGCAAUGAACGCUCAUACAUUACAGACCUGUACGUCGAUGACUAUGCAUGUCAAAACUUUGGAUCAACAAUACAAAUAUUUAACAAAGUGGCCUAUUGUUAUACAAUUCUUGCUAUACCUGAUAUUGUAAGUUACAUUAAUUCAAUUCUGUUUCUCAAUUCAUUAUUAAAGGCUUUUAAAAGCAAAGUUUGUUGCAGUUGAGCACAAUGGUGACAAUAGUAAACCAAGAUGGAUGUAACACUCUCUACGAUGCUUCGGUAAACAACUUGAAGAUAGGUAGUGCUUUGGAAAUGGACUGGAUAUUUGGUAGGAACACUGCUUUUUAAGUUUUUGAAUGUGACAUUGUGAGUGAUAAAAGGUCUGCAACAACUUACAGAUACUUUGUAUUAUUAUAUGUUUGUACAAUUACUCUGUAAAAGUGCAUAUUUUUCUAGCGACAUUUGGCGCAGUAAGUGCUGGCGGCUACCGAGUGUCCGAUACAAAAUUUCUCAACUAUGACAAUACUACGGUAAGUAUAUUACAUUGACUAUGGCUAUGUUCUGAUCAGUUUCAUUUCGAGCUUCGAAGCUGGUGCCGUCGCUGGAAUUUAUAAAAAUUCUAGCCGGACCUGAAACCGGAGUCAUGAAACUUCAAAUUUCAGUAGUAGGCCGUUUUUCCUCUCGGAGCUAAAAUUUAAAGAAAAACGGUUCCAACGCCAGAAAUUUUAAAGUAGUUAAUUUUGGUUGUUACAUUUAUUAUCUUGCAGUACUAUCUUUAUUACAGUUUAAUGCGUAUGGCAAGACCAUUCAAGACAAAACUAAUACAUUUAUAGUUUUCACCAGUGGUAAGUAGGCUUUUUAGAACUUGAUUUCAAUAGUUUUUUCUAUUUUUUAAAUUUUGCUUUGUUUUGUGGUUUAUUGAGUGAAUAUAAUAUAAUAUAUUCCAUUUAAUUUCCCAUCUUUUAUGUUACAGAUGGUCAGCUGACAACGUCCAAUUCUAUAAGUUAUCUGUUGUGUCGCUACAGAGCUAUGACAGUGGGAUGUUAA